UGAACAUUGUUCUCACCGGGCGGUUCAGCAGCGCCGUUCCUGCCUUAGGUUUUCCGUGCGAUUCCUGCUGUGAGGAGCCCGGGUCAUCACUGUCUCGCCUGCCGCUUCCCCACCCUCACUGGGCUCAGUCCCUCCGCAGGGCCCAGCUGGGCCACCCAGGGACCUCACAGGCUUUUGCCUCUCAGCCCCCAUCCUGCCCCAGCUUGUCAGGCACUAACUGGGUUGGAUAACUCACCCUAUGCAGCCCAGACUUUGGCCACUGUGACCCAGGCUCAGGGGCUGAGCCUGAGCAGGGUCUUCAGCGUGUUCUCCAUUCAUCUGGCAGCUCCGCCCAGGCGCUCUGCUGGGGCUCCCGGCUCCUAUCAUCUGGCAGGUUGUCCAGAGUGCCGGCAGCCCCUGGAAACCAGAUUUGUAAGCUGUGUGUCUUCAGGCUUGCUCAUGCCCUCUCGGGAGUAUUUGACAUUUCUUUGGACCAAGAAAGAAGGACGCUGGUCUGAAAGCGCUCAGUCACCCCUUGCUCCCUUGAGCAGGCAACAUUGACUUGAGCAAAACUGUCCAAGUGAACACAGGUCACUUUCAGUUAAGCUCAGACAGACUUCUCUGAUGGCCCCUAAAGACCCCCAAGAGCCUCCCUUCACUGCCCACCCCUCAUCAUACAUGCCAUCUCUGCCCUCACUUCCCACAGGCAUCCCCCCUACUCACCCCACACGCACGUCUGCCUCCAGACUGCUGCUCCCCCACAUCUUCCAGCCACCCUGAGAUGAGCAGCACCCUCUGACUCCAUUUCACUGAUGGGCAAGCUGGGGCCUAGGGUGCGACCAGCAGUGUGGACUCCAGGACUGGACUGGAUUCACGAAGCUCUUUCUCCUGCCUGCGCCUGGGUGCUGGGGUGGCGGUGGGAUGGGAGUGAGAUUGCUGUCACAGAGAAGCCUGGGGCUGGUUGUCUGAGCUGGUGAUGCCCUCCAGGCCCAUGGCCAGGCAGUGUCCAGUUUGGGGUCCUGUAGGGACCCCGGCAUCCCUCCCCCUCCACAGUCACUCUGCCUGCGCCAGGCCGAUGGCUGCAGUAACCGUGGUCUCUCUGCCCACCCCCCUUGCAGAAGAAUUAACAGUGACUCAGGGACAUUGCUGCCCCCAAUGGGGAAAUGUCUGGGGCAUCUGAGGGGCGCUUGGGGUGAGGCAUGUCUGGGGGAACAUGUUGCCAGGGGAUUGUUGAAGCAGUGUCUGGAUUUCUGCUCCUGACUAGGCUGGUGGUCUGGAGAGACAGGCUUACCCAUGUCAUGAGAGAGGGCCAGACAUGGGUCCCUGCAGGGCUGGCUUUCUCUGGACAGUAUGGGGGAGAAACCCGGCCUCCACGAGGGCUCCAUCCUGUGGACAUGGGUCCCUGCAGGGCUGGCUUUCUCUGGACAGUAUGGGGGAGAAACCCGGCCUCCACGAGGGCUCCAUCCUGUGGAGAAAGCCUCUAGGCCACAGUGGGUAUUGCUUUGCCUCAGGCCUGUCCUGGGGGCUGAGGGGACGGGGGUGACUCCCACACUGGCUGAUGGAGCAUCUGACUCCGGGUGUAAUGUUUGCUUUAGAGACUCAAUGUUGGGGGAGGAUGUGCUCCCAACCCUGCCUAGGGACCACCCCCCCACCCAGCAUCCUGGAGGCGGAGGCGCCCUGACCUCACACCUGCCAGGGUGUCCCCAGGUGAAGCCAGCGCCUCUCAGCCUCCUCUCCUGACAGCCGCCUGCAGCGGGCAGCUGGAGCGGCACACUGCACGCCGCGGCGUCAUCUACAGCCCAGCCUGGCCCCUCAACUACCCGCCGGGCACCAACUGCAGCUGGUACAUACAGGGCGACCGCGGGGACAUGAUCACCAUCAGCUUCCGCAACUUUGACGUGGAGGAGUCCCACCAGUGCUCCCUGGACUGGCUCAUGCUGGGCCCCGCGGCCCCGCCCCGCCAGGAGGCCUUCCGGCUCUGCGGCUCUGCCAUCCCGCCUGCCUUCAUCUCUGCCCGGGACCAUGUCUGGAUCUUCUUCCACUCCGACACCUCCAGCUCUGGCCAGGCCCAGGGCUUCCGUCUCUCCUACAUCCGAGGGAAGCUGGGCCAGGCGUCCUGCCAGGCUGACGAGUUCCGCUGUGACAACGGCAAGUGCCUGCCGGGCCCUUGGCAGUGCAACACCGUGGACGAGUGUGGCGACGGCUCGGAUGAGGGCAACUGCUCGGCGCCCGCCUCAGAGCCGCCAGGCAGCCUGUGCCCCGGGGGCACCUUCCCCUGCAGCGGGGCGCGCUCCACUCGCUGCCUGCCCGCCGAGCGGCGCUGCGACGGCACUCAGGACUGCGGCGACGGCUCCGAUGAGGCUGGCUGCCCCGACCUGGCCUGCGGCCGGCGGCUGGGCAGCUUCUACGGCUCCUUCGCUUCCCCAGACCUGUUCGGCGCGGCCCGCGGGCCCUCGGACCUUCACUGCACGUGGCUGGUGGACACGCAGGACCCGCGGCGCGUGCUGCUGCAGCUGGAGCUGCGGCUGGGCUACGACGACUACGUGCAGGUGUACGAGGGCCUGGGCGAGCGCGGGGACCGCCUGCUGCAGACGCUCUCCUACCGCAGCAACCACCGGCCGGUGAGCCUGGAGGCCGCCCAGGGCCGCCUCACUGUGGCCUACCACGCCCGCGCCCGCAGCGCCGGCCACGGCUUCAAUGCCACCUACCAAGUGAAGGGCUACUGCCUCCCGUGGGAGCAGCCGUGCGGGAGCAGCCGCGAGGGCGACGCGGAGGACCCAGGCGAGCAAGGCUGCUUCUCGGAGCCACAGCGCUGCGACGGCUGGUGGCACUGCGCCAGCGGCCGGGACGAGCAGGGCUGCCCCGCCUGCCCCCCGGACCAGUACCCCUGCGAGGGGGGCAGCGGCCUGUGCUACACGCCCGCCGACCGCUGCAACAACCAGAAGAGCUGCCCCGACGGUGCGGACGAGAAGAACUGCUUCUCCUGCCAGCCAGGCACCUUCCACUGCGGCACCAACCUGUGCAUCUUCGAGACGUGGCGCUGUGACGGCCAGGAGGACUGCCAGGAUGGCAGCGACGAGCACGGCUGCCUGGCGGCCGUGCCCCGCAAGGUCAUCACCGCCGCGCUCAUCGGCAGCCUGGUCUGCGGGCUGCUGCUCGUCAUCGCCCUGGGCUGUGCCUUCAAGCUCUACUCCCUGCGCACGCAGGAGUACAGGGCCUUUGAGACCCAGAUGACACGCCUGGAGGCUGAGUUUGUGCGGCGGGAGGCACCCCCGUCCUACGGGCAGCUCAUCGCACAGGGCCUCAUUCCACCCGUCGAGGACUUUCCCGUCUACAGUGCAUCCCAGGCCUCGGUGCUACAGAACCUGCGCACGGCCAUGCGGCGACAGAUGCGCAGACACGCCUCCCGCCGCGGGCCCUCCCGCCGCCGCCUCGGCCGCCUCUGGAACCGGCUGUUUCACCGGCCGCGGGCGCCGCGCGGGCAGAUCCCGCUGCUGACGGCCGCGCGCACCUCCCAGACCGUGCUGGGUGACGGGCUCCUCCAGCCGGCACCGGGGGCUGCCCGGGACCCCCCGGGACCCCUAACGGACACAAGCAGCCCGGGGGCAGCAGGGGAGGGGCCCCCUGGCGCCCCCAGCCACGCCUCGGAGGUGGGACCUUCCGUGCCACCCCCCUCCGGCCUGCGGGACCCCUUGGAGUCCAGGCCGGCUGACAAGGACAGAAAGGCUGGCAGGGACCCUCUGGUGGCCAGCCCAGCCCCUGUGGACGUGCCUCAGGAGUCCUGCUCCGGCCAGGACCCUCACCCCCUGGCCCUCACUGCCGGUAGCACCCUCGGCCCCCACCCAUCAGAGCCACUGGGUGUCUGCAGGAGCCCCCCGCCACCCUGCUCCCCAACGUUGGAGGCCAGUGACGAUGAGGCCCUGCUGGUCUGCUGACCCGCCGGACACGCUGAUGACCGCCACAGCCCCGCUUUGUAACCAGGGAAUACACAGUCAUUUCUGCCCUG